AUGGACGAAGAAGGAGAAAAUAUUAUAAUGGAAGAUAAUUAUUAUCAAUUACUCAAUGUCUCAAAGACGGCAUCAACAGAAGAAAUCAAUAGUGCUUACCGACGCUUCUCACGUAUGUUUCAUCCUGACAAACACAGCACUGACCCUAACAAGCAAAAAUGGGCAGAACAAAUAUUUAAUAAAGUCAAAGAAGCUUAUGAAGUGCUUUCUGACUCACACAAAAGGGCAAUUUAUGAUACAUUAGGCAAAAGAGGUUUAGAAGUUGAUGGGUGGGAAAUAAUUUUUAGGACUCGGACACCAAAAGAAAUUAGGGAGGAAUAUGAACGGUUGAAACGAGAAAGGGAAGAACGCCGAUUGCAACAAAGUGCCAAUCCCCGUGGCACUAUUACACUGUCUAUAAAUGCGACAGAUAUGUUUAUGAAAUAUUAUGAUGAGUAUGAAAUUUUGGAGGACACAACAGUUAUUCCCAACAUAGAAGUUUCGGGCAUGACAAUUCAACAAUCAAUUGAUGCCCCUGUGACACUCCGGAAUACUAUGACAUUAUCAGGAAAUAUUUCCACACAGAAUGGCAUUGGUUCAGGAUCUGUUAAUGUAUCAAAUCGCCAUCUAAGCUCGGAAAAAGGUUGGGCCGAAGUAGAAUGUGGUAUUGGUAAUGGACCUCUUCUUGGGUUCAAGGUAUUUCGGACAUUGUCACGACUGAUGUUUCUUAACUGCGGAACUGUAUUACAGUUUACACCAAGAGGGAUUGUGCCAAGUCUAGUGUCAACUGUAGCGCUACAGUUAGAUGCACACUCUGUUGGUUACUUGACUUAUCGCGCGGGAGGCCAAGGCGGUUCCUCCAUGACCUCUAUUUAUGUACGGGACUCUGAAAAGUACCACACCAACACUGCCUUACAAAUUGGCAACCCGCAUUCCUUCAUCUCAUUCAAUGUUAUGAGAAAGUUACCUCAGCACGACCUUAAAUUAAGAUUAGCUCUGAAGUUCGGAACAUUUGGUGCCAUAGCGGAGUAUGGGGCCGAGAAGAAAGUGUCUCAAAAUAGCAGCGUGUCAGCCGCCGUUAUGCUGGGCGUACCCAGCGGUGUCAUGCUCAAACUAAAAUGGACCUGCUCGACCCAGACCAUAGUGGUGCCAAUACACCUCUGCGAGGAGGUGACCCCUUCGCCGGUGUUCUACGCCACCGUUGUGCCGCUGGUCUCUUGGCUGGUCCUCAAGAAGCUGGUACUGGAUCCGAUCGCGCGGGAGCGAGCCGAUCGCGAGAGGCAACGCUCGAUGGAAGCAAAUUUCGAAAGGCUGAAGGAAAUGCAACAACAGGCGCGGGCUACCGUGGAACUGAUGAGGGAAACCUACUCCAGGAUCAGGGGUGAUGAGGAGAAAAAGAAGGGCUUGGUGAUAGUGCGCGCAGUAUACGGAAAGCUGCCCGCAGGUGCCGAUAGUCAUGAAGUGAAUGCUGAGGAAGCUGGUGACGGUACUCAGACGGAAACGGCGAGUGCCUACAGCGAAGUGAUCGACGUCACCAUACCGAUUCAGUGUCUGGUCAAAGGCUCCAGACUGGAGUUGCUCGAAGCCAGCAAAUCUGAGCUGCCGGGCUUCUACGAUCCGUGCGUCGGCGACGACAAGCACCUCACCAUCCACUACUCGUUCCACAACAACCCCUACUGCUGCACAAUCGCCGACAAACAGCCGGUGGUACUCCCGCGCAACAAUCAUCGAAUAAAGAAUAGAUCC